AACUUUCCGCUCAAGGGAAUGUGUUACCUCACACAGCCCGGGUUCUCGGGGUCGCGGCCCGAGCCAAGUUCCACCUGUCAGCCGCCGAACCGGCGCCCCAGAUGGCCCAGCUCACCGGGCGGUUCCGUGGACGUCUGAGUUCGUCCAAGAGAUCCGCCGCGGCUUGCGGGCCUGCCGCGUGGUCGUCUGCUUCGCCGUCUUCUACCUGUGCUUCAACCAGACGAUGAACAACAUCAUCUCGCAGGCCAACCAGAUGGAGCUGUCGGGUAUAUCCAACGACACGGUCCAGUCCAUGAACGCUAUCCUGUACAUCAUUUUCAACCCCGCCAUCCAGAACGUCCUCUUCCCGUACCUCUCGCGCCGCCGUAUCUUGUUCGGCCCGAUCGCCAGGAUGGCGCUCUCCUUUGUCCUGAUGGCGAUGGCAAUGGCCUACGCGGCCGGCGUCCAGCACAUCAUCUACAGCCGCGGACCGUGCUACUCGCACCCGCUGGCCUGCGAGGCCGGCAUCGUUGGCACCGCCGCCGGCAGCGAGGUCCGGUAUCGGCCCAACGAGGUCAGCGUCUGGCUCCAGCUCCCGUUCCACUUCUUCAUCGCGCUCGGCGAGAUCUUUGGCUUCGUGGCUCUCAACGAAUUCGCGUACGCCGAGGCGUCGACCAACAUGAAAGCCCUCGUGAAGUCUUUCGAGCAAUUCACCGCGGCGUUGGGAGCAGCGCUCGGUAUGGCCCUCGGCCCCGUGUCGAGGGACCCCUGGCUGGUGAUUAUGUACUCAGCGUUGGCCGGUACCAUGAUCUUUAGCGGCGCGGCGUUUUUCGGGGUCUUUCGUAAACACGAUAACCGUUGGCACGCCGGCAAGGACUUCGAGGAAUCCCAAAGGCUCACUGAUAGCGAGGUCGCGACGGAGGCGGAUCGAUGAUCGGUGUCUUGUUGGUUUAGAGCUCACCUACCAUUUUCCGUAACAGGAGGACGUAGACACCUUAAUUCCAAUUUGGAGGACUGGGGUUAUUAUAUAGCUUCCUACGAGACACCUUUGUAAUUUCGUCCAUUUUGACCGUCAGGGAGUGCCGACAUAGAACAACAUGGUGGUCCAGAGAGCUAGCUUGUCGACCCAACCCCGAUUGUCUUAAAUAUUACUUGCAUAAUACACUUACC